AUGGGGAACACCGGGAGCACACAUAAGAUUUCUGCGCAAGAUAAGGCCAUACUUGACCUGAAGAACCAGCGCGAUAAGCUGCAGCAGUACCAGAAGCGGAUAACGGUACUUACAGACCGGGAGACUGAUAUUGCAAAGCAAUGUCUUGCGCGGAACGACCGCCCGCGAGCGCUACUAGCGCUGCGACGGAAGAAAUACCAGCAGUCUCUACUGGAAAAGACGGAUUUACAGCUUGAGCAGCUGGAGAAGCUAACUGGUAGCGUGGAGUUUGCUUUGGUACAGAAGGAUAUCUUAUUCGGUUUGAGUCAGGGCAACAAGGUGCUGCAGACUAUACAUCGUGAGAUGGGCGGUAUAGAAGGCGUUGAGAAACUCAUGGGUGAAACAGAGGAAGCAAGAGCUUAUCAAGAGGAAAUCACUGAGCUGCUUAAGGGGCAGAUAUCCAACCAGGACGAGGAGGAGGUGGAAGAUGAACUCGAGAAACUUGAACUACAAGUGACGAACCGAGUAAAACUCCCCAGCGCACCGAAAACCUCACUGGAAAAUGAGGCAGAACAGCCACAAGAAGCAGCCCCUGAAAGAGUACGAGAACCUAUUGCCGAGUAG